CCCUCUCUCUCUCUCUCUCUCUCUCUCUCUCUCUCUCCAUUUUCAUACAUUCAUCUUCUGCAAACUCAUCACAUAUACAAACAAAUACAAUUGAAUACACUACCAUAAUUUAUUUUAUCAUUAUUUUUCUUUCCCAUUAAUUAAAUCCGAAUCAACACUCCCACCUUUUUAAUUUCCUCCCCAUAACUCAAAAUGGCGCCGUCCAGCUCGCCGGCGGGACGUGUGUUUGCUCUCCGCCGCAAGGAGGUGGUCCGGCGACCAUCUCCCCCGCAGUCUCCGCCGCCGAGGAAGUACAGGUCCAUGGAAGAGGUUAUGAAGUACGCGGCGGCGGCUGUGCUGAUCGAGUCCAACGACAACCCCUCCAACGACGAGGAAGACUACAGCGACGUCGUGUGCGAGCAAUGCGGCUUCGGCGAACGCCCCGACGAGAUACUUCUCUGCGACCGCUGUGACAAGGGCUUCCACAUGCUUUGCCUCCGCCCAAUCGUUGUUCGCAUUCCCAUCGGCUCUUGGUACUGCCCUAGCUGCUCAGAUCAACCCUCAGUCAAACGCUUUCCUCAGACAAAGAUCAUUGAUUUUUUCAGGAUUCAGAAAUGUGGCGAUUCAGCUGGCAAGUGUGCAUCUCCUCAAGGUGGUUGUUAAUCGUAAUCAUUCACUAAGAUUGCACUACUGCAUUGUUUGUUUACAACUUUGUUUUUAAUUAUAUAAUAGUUGUCAAAAAUUCUAGUCACUUUUAUUAUUUUGACAUUUGCAUUAGUCUUCUCUUUGGAUCUUUGAAGGCUGUGCUUGGUUAAAGGAUUUGGGUAGGUAUUUGGAAAGGGAAAGGGAAUACCUCUGUGAAACGUAAGAGAUUUGAAAAUAGAAAGGGAAUAAGCCUGUGAAAUAUAAUUAUAUUUUAUUCAUAUUUCAUUACCUUUUCUCUUUUCCUUUCUAAAUUCCUACCCAUAUUCAUGAAUCAAAUAGAGCAGAAAUAAAAUAUUAAAAUUAGAAAUAUUUUUAUUAUAUAUAUAU